UCAGGCGGCGCGGAGCUGGAGGUGACAGAACUCCCUGAGCGGAGGAGGGCGGCAUGAGCGGCUGCGCGCUCUUCCUGCGCCGGGCGGCGACGGCGGCGCGAGCCUGCCGGGCUCGGGUGGCCCUCAGCGCGAGCCGGCGCCCGCUGAGUACCAGUCCGCCGAGCCGGGCCUUCGCCAAGGAGCUCUUCCUGGGCAAAAUCGAGAAGAAAGGAGUCUUCCCAUUUCCAGAGGUUAGCCAAGAUGAACUUAACGAAAUCAAUCAGUUUGUGGGACCCGUGGAAAAAUUCUUCAAUGAAGAAGUGGAUUCUCAGAAAAUUGACCGGGAGGGGAAAAUCCCGGACGACACCCUGGAAAAGUUGAAAAGCCUGGGCCUCUUUGGAAUGCAGGUCCCAGAAGAAUAUGGUGGCCUGGGCCUCUCCAACACCAUGUACGCUCGUCUAGGGGAGAUCAUCAGCCUAGAUGGCUCCAUCACCGUGACCUUGGCAGCUCACCAAGCCAUCGGCCUCAAGGGGAUCAUCUUGGUUGGCACCGAAGAACAGAAGGCCAAGUACCUGCCCAGACUGGCGUUGGGGGAGCACAUCGCCGCCUUCUGCCUCACCGAGCCAGCCAGUGGGAGUGACGCCGCCUCCAUCCAGACCAGGGCCACGUUAACUGAAGACAAGAAGCACUACGUCCUCAAUGGCUCCAAGGUCUGGAUCACCAACGGGGGACUGGCCAACAUCUUCACUGUGUUUGCCAAGACUGAGGUGGUCGAUUCCGAUGGCUCAGUAAAAGACAAGAUGACAGCUUUCAUAGUGGAAAGGGACUUUGGUGGCGUCACUAAUGGGAAACCGGAGGAUAAAUUAGGCAUUCGGGGCUCCAACACUUGUGAAGUCCAUUUUGAAAACACCAAAGUCCCCGUGGAAAAUGUCCUUGGAGAAGUUGGAGGUGGCUUUAAGGUGGCCAUGAACAUCCUCAACAGCGGGCGCUUCAGCAUGGGCAGCGUGGUGGCCGGGAUGCUCAAGAAACUGAUUGGUAGGAAUGUGCUGCUGCUUUUUCACACCCCUUCUCCAGAACUGACUGCUGACUAUGCCUGUACGCGGAAGCAGUUCAACAAGCGUCUUAGUGAAUUUGGAUUGAUUCAGGAGAAGUUCGCCCUGAUGGCUCAGAAGGCUUACGUCAUGGAAAGCAUGGCCUACCUCACGGCGGGCAUGCUCGACCAGCCCGAGCUGCCUGACUGCUCCGUGGAGGCAGCCAUGGUGAAGGUGUUCAGCUCUGAGAGCGCCUGGCAGUGCGUCAGCGAGGCGCUGCAGAUCCUGGGGGGCUCGGGGUACAUGAAGGACUACCCCUACGAGCGCAUGCUGCGUGACGCCCGCAUCCUCCUCAUCUUCGAGGGCACCAACGAGAUUCUCCGGAUGUUCAUCGCCCUCACGGGCCUGCAGCACGCCGGCCGCAUCCUGACCGAGAGGAUCCAUGAACUUAAACGGGGCAACGUGACCACCAUCAUGGAGACCGUUGGCCGGAGGAUUCGGGACUCUCUGGGCCGAACCGUGGACCUGGGGCUGACGGGCAACCUUGGAGUGGUCCACCCCAGCCUUGGGGAGAGUGCCAACAAACUCGAGGAGAACGUGUACUACUUUGGCCGCACCGUGGAGAACCUGCUGCUUCGCUUUGGAAAGACGGUCGUGGAGGAGCAGCUGGUGCUGAAGCGGGUGGCCAACGUCCUCAUCAACCUGUACGGCAUGGUGGCCGUGCUGUCCCGGGCCAGCCGCUCCAUCCGCAUCGGACUCCGGAACCACGACCAUGAGAUCCUCUUGGCCAACAUGUUCUGCACGGAGGCCUACGUCCAGAACCUCUUCAGCCUGUCUCAGCUGGACAAGUAUGCUCCAGAGAACCUGGAUGAGCAGAUUAAGAAAGUGUCCAGGGAGAUCCUCGAGAAGCGGACCUACAUCUGCGCCCACCCUCUGGAGAGGACGUCCUGACGCUGGGACAGUGUCCCUGCCCCCGGGCCUCAGCUGACACUAGAGGACCCGCCUUUCAGAAGGUGGAGAACUGCAGGAGGCCACACCGCAGCUCCUGAGCAGAGACAGGGAAGAGAAUCGCCGUCACCGUGUGGCCAUUGUGCUGGUGGUUGGGGACAUGCUGGUGGCAGGAAGCUCGCGGGCAUCCGAGGCUCGGGCAGCCAUUGCUACCAAGCCACAGGGUCAAGCAACAGCUGGGAAACAGCGCCCUUGUCACCUCCAAGUAGGAGGCACAUGCUGGGGAGUGUUCAACAGAAAGGAAUAUAAAUGUCACAGUCGGUGUCCCCUCUG